AUGACAUCUUCAUCAUCAUCUUCAUCACACAUUAACAUUAAAUCUGGCCCCAUCGAUACUGAUGUAUUAUGGAUGCAACCUAAGCAUGUUUCAGAACAUGUUUGGAAUGGGGAAGAAGAAAGGAAAUUGCAUAUCAGACGAGCUGUCCCCACGUAUCAAGGGGAAGAACAAAUUCCAGAACAAAUUUUUCCUUUUCUUCAACAAUCUGGUUUCGGGUGGAUUAUCAAGAUGGUUUGUGUGGGAGCCUUACCCAUCAACCGUUAUGUCAUUCUUGCCUCCCGUUUGUUUAGUCGGAAGUCUCGCGUGGGGAAACAUGACGAAAAUUGGGGGCAAUUGUUCGCCCCAAUGAUUCAGCAGUGGAAUAAUCGGCAUGCAUUGAGGGUCGACGCUUAUCCCCGACAAGAAGGCCUAUUGAGUUUUAACUCGGACUACAUGGUCUGGUAUAGGCGAAAGACAAAGAUGUUUGUUGACCCAGAAAAUGCAAAGACGGCUACAUUGGGUGAAGUUGCAGAGGCAUUACAAUACAUGGUGUCUCCUCAAGGGAGGAAAACAUGCACAUUUGAUGAUCUCGUGCCUUAUGUGGAAAAAAUUACAAUUUUAUCCGAAGAGCAAGAGAGAGUCACUGAGCCAGUGUCACAUGGUCCCGCAUCAGAGCGUCAAUUUCCCGCACAACAGUUUCACAUGCUUCAGUCAAGUAUUGAAACUCAGGGGAUAGACAGAAGAAGGGACACUGUUGAAGCGGAAGAAUAUUCCCAACAAAUGGCGGAGCGUGGCCAUGGAAUGUAUUUGCUUAGGUUUUGA